AAACAGAAUGGAAAGAAUAAAAAAGUUGAAGAGGAGCCUGAAGAAUUUGUGGUGGUAAAAGUACUAGAUGGUCAUGUCGAGAAUGGGCAGGUGGAGUACUUCCUGAAGUGGAAGGGAUUUACAGAUGCUGACAGUAGUUCAGAACCUGAAGAAAAUUUAGAUUGCCCAGAGUUAAUGGAACCAUUUCAUAAUUCUCAAAAAACUGGUAAAGAAAAAGAUGGUACAAAAAGAAAAUCUUUAUCUGACAGAGAAUCCAAUGAUAGAAAAUCAAAGAAGAAAAGAGAUGCUGCUGAUAAACCAAGAGGCUUUGCCAGAGGUCUUGAUCCUGAAAGAAUAAUUGGUGCCACAGACAGUAGAGAAUUAAUGUUUCUCAUGAAAUGGAAAGAUUCAGAUGAGGCUGACUUGGUGCUAGCAAAAGAGGCAAAUAUGAAGUGUCCUCAAAUUGUAAUUGCUUUUUAUGAAGAAAGACUAACUUGGCAUUCUUGUCCAGAAGGUGAAGCUCAGUAA